AUGCUUUCGAGACCUCGGGAGUCUCAAGAAACUGGAUAUUGUUGGAAUUCGCUGGGCGACGUACCAGCUGGGGCGUUCAACGGACUGGCGGCUCUCCAAACCUUGAGCUUAGGGGGCGCUGGUGUCACGACGCUGGAGGCUGGUACGUUUUCAGGGCUCCAGGCCCUCGUCGAACUGCAUCUGGGACAGGUGGUUGUCAUUGGAGGCGGUUUAUCUGGCCUGGCAGCAAGAUGGUAG